AUGAAGGCGAGCAACCUGGAGCCGCUGUUUGAGGGCUACAUCGAGACGCUGAGGCGGGAGGCCGAGUGUGCGGAGGCCGACAGCGGGAGGCUGGCCUCAGAGCUCAACCACGUGCAGGAGGUGAUGGAGGGCUACAAGAAGAAGUACGAGGAGGAAGUUUCUCUGAGAGCAACAGCUGAGAAUGAAUUUGUGGUUCUGAAGAAGGACGUGGACUGCGCCUACCUCCGCAAGUCAGACCUGGAGGCCAAUGCGGAGGCCCUGACCCAGGAGAUUGACUUCCUGCGGCGACUGUAUGAGGAGGAGAUCCGCGUCCUCCAGUCCCACAUCUCAGACACCUCGGUCGUCGUCAAGAUGGACAACAGCCGGGACCUCAACAUGGACUGUGUCGUGGCCGAGAUCAAGGCACAGUAUGACGACAUCGCCAGCCGCAGCCGCGCCGAGGCUGAGUCCUGGUACCGCAGCAAGUGUGAGGAGAUGAAGGCCACGGUGAUCCGUCAUGGGGAGACCCUGCGCCGCACCAAGGAGGAGAUCAACGAGCUGAACCGCAUGAUCCAGAGGCUGACGGCCGAGGUCGAGAAUGCCAAGUGCCAGAACACCAAGCUGGAGACCGCAGUGACUCAGGCUGAGCAGCAGGGUGAGACGGCCGUCAGCGAUGCCCGCUGCAAGCUGGCCGAGCUAGAGGCCGCCCUGCAGAAGUCCAAGCAGGACAUGGCCUGCCUGCUGAAGGAGUACCAGCAGGUGAUGAACUCCAAGCUGGGCCUGGACAUUGAGAUCGCCACCUACAGGCGCCUGCUGGAGGGCGAGGAGCAGAGGCUGUGUGAGGGCGUUGGCUCCGUGAAUGUCUGUAACAGCUCCCGCGGUGGCGUCGUCUGUGGCAAUCUCUGCUCCAGCGGUACUGCUCCUGCUGUCACCACCAGCGUCUGCAGCGCCCCCUGCUGCGGCAACAUGGUGGUGGGCACUGCUAAUACCUGCGGCCCCUGCUAA